UUUUCCGUACAGUUUCCAUCAUGGCGCUGGUGAUACCAGAACGGUUUCAGCACAUUUUGCGUGUUAUGAACACGAACAUUGAUGGGAAACGUAAAGUGAUGUUUGCCCUGACAGCCAUCAAGGGUGUUGGUCGGCGAUAUGCACAUGUGGUCUGCAAGAAGGCUGAUGUGGACCUCACCAAGAGAGCAGGAGAGCUUACUGAAGAGGAGGUAGAGAAGGUUCUAACAAUCAUGGCCAACCCCCGUCAGUACAAAAUCCCGGACUGGUUCCUCAACAGACAGAAGGACGUGAAGGACGGCAAAUACUCCCAGGUCAUGUCCAAUGCCCUCGAUAAUAAACUCCGUGAGGAUCUGGAAAGGUUAAAGAAAAUCCGUGCUCAUCGGGGUCUCCGUCACUUCUGGGGCCUUCGUGUCAGAGGUCAACACACAAAGACGACUGGCCGUCGUGGUCGCACUGUGGGUGUGUCAAAGAAGAAGUAAACAUUCUUUUUUGCUGCCAUUAUGUAAAUGUCCUAGAAUAAAAUGCCUACAGUGGGAUCAUG